UGGAUCAUAAGAAUUCACCUUUUUUGAAACCAACUAGUGAUCUUGUUUGUGCACAGAAUUUGGAGGCUCAUUUGCACUUGCUUGACGGGCCUGGUGUUCAUUCAUUUAGUUCCGAACAGGCCUACAGCAAUUGGAGAUAUAGGGGACUUCCUUAGAUAUAGGACAAAUCACUCUAGUUAACUUAUGGUGGAUUUUGCAGCACUUACUUAAUGCUUGCAAAGUAGGACAAGCAAUUGGUAUACUUCAGAUUCCUUGAAGAUGAAAUACCAGUACCAAUAUUACGACGCAAGCAACCACCGAGCUUGUGGACUCCUUUGUUUUUUUGUGUAGAUUGGUCAAGUUAAAUCACGAGAGUUUAUAUUGCUCGCACAAUGGUCUCAUGCUGGAAAGUUAAAAGAGACUUGAAGAGGACAAAAAAGCAUCUGGAGUGAUAGAGGCCGAGAACUAGGAUUGAAAAAUGAUGGUGCAUGGAUGACAUAUAUGAUGCUUUGGCCGAACACCUUGUUUCAACUGCAGCAGCAGCAUCAAGCCCUUAUUUCAAGCAUAUUGUUGGUCUUGCUGGUCCUCCCGGUGCUGGAAAGAGCACUGUCGCAUCUGAAGUAGCUAAGAGAGUCAAUAAGAUAUGGCCCCAAAAGUCUCCUUCCUUUGAUUCUCAAGUUGAGCCUCCAGAAGUUGCCAUUGUUCUUCCAAUGGAUGGAUUCCACCUUUAUCGCCAUCAGCUUGAUGCAAUGGAGGAUCCAGAGGAAGCACAUGCGAGAAGGGGUGCUCCAUGGACGUUUGACCCCAAUUUACUACUAGAAUGCCUUAAGACUCUUAAAGAUCAGGGAUCAGUGUACUGUCCAUCUUUUGACCAUGGUGUAGGAGAUCCUAUAGAAGAUGAUAUCUUUGUGAACCUUCAACACAAAAUAGUGAUAGUUGAAGGUAAUUAUCUGCUGCUUGGAGAUGGUGCUUGGAAGGAGGUAUCAUCCAUGUUUGAUGAGAAGUGGUUCGUCGAUGUUGAUCUUGAGAAAGCAAUGCAACGUGUCCUGAAGAGACAUAUAUCUACAGGGAAGUCCCCUGAUGUUGCUAAAUGGAGGAUAGAUUACAAUGACAGGCCCAAUGCUGAGCUAAUUAUGAAGUCCAAGAACAAUGCAGAUUUGGUGAUCAAGUCGAUUGACGAAUUGAGGUGAGCCCCCGACUUGUCACCUGUACUAAGAGUGCUGAGGGAAAAUUUGAAUGGUGGCAUCAAAAGUUAGCCAAAUCGAAUUUUAUCCAUUGGCUUGAAUCUGAUGAGAGUGCAGAACCUUUCGUUGCGUUUACGCUUGAGGUGAUGGAAUAAGUUCAAGGGACUGGAAAUAAUGGUGUUUAUAGUACUACUUUUUUCCUGCAAAUAAGAUGUAGUAAUAUUUUUGACAUGUAAUGCUUAAGGUCGGAUAUUAUACUUUGUAUGAGUUAUUUCCUUCCUAUAUUUUGUGAAAGAGUUUAUCUAUAUUAUGUGUCCAUCCAAAUGGGAGAACUAUGAAAUAUUGCGGCAGACUAAAGAAAUAACCUACCCAUAUAUCAAUCGUUAAUGACAUGUCUUUCAACCUU